UCCCCUGCGCAUUCGAUGCUACACCCCCAAAUUGCCAAAUCUCCAGCGCUCCUCCAUGUCAUGACCGCCUACCAGAGUACUCCGUUCUUCCCCUCCGUCGCCUUCGACGAAGACGAUUUCUCCAGUUACUACUCCUUCUUCGAAGACAACAUCGCCGCCUCUCCCCCCGCUCCUCAGACUUCCUUGACCCCCUUUCCCGCCAUGGAUCACAAUUCCAAGAAACGUCCCAGGGUGGAUGAUCCUCUCCCGACACGGUUCGUCGCGUUCAAGUCCUCCGCCUCCUCCUCCCCGCCGCCCCAGGCGGACGGCUUCACGGAGGAGGAGGAUUCCCCUGCGCGGGCAAUGCCUGCUCCGUCGGCGGCGCCCCAUCCACGCCGCCUUUGGGUGAAGGACCGGAACCGGGAUUGGUGGGACCGGUACAACCACCCGGAUCUCCCCGAGGAGGAGUUCCGGCGCGCUUUCCGGAUGUCCCGCGCUACCUUCAACUUCCUCUGCGACGAGCUUGGCUCUGCCAUUGCGAAAGAGGACACGGCGCUCCGCGCAGCCAUCCCCGUCAGGCAGCGCGUUGCGGUGUGCGUGUGGCGGCUCGCCACCGGCGAGCCCCUCCGGCUUGUCUCCCGUCGCUUCGGGCUCGGAAUCUCCACCUGCCACAAGCUCGUCCUCGAGGUCUGCACCGCCAUCCGCAACGUACUGAUGCCGCGGUCGCUCCUCUGGCCCGCCCCAGCCGCCGCCGCCGUCUCCUCCGCGCGGUUCGAGGCUCUUUCAGGAAUUCCCAAUGUGGUGGGCGCGAUGUACACAACCCACAUCCCCGUCAUCGCCCCCAAGGUCGGCGUUGCGGCCUACUUCAAUCGCCGCCAUACGGAGCGCAACCAGAAGACGUCAUACACCAUCACUAUCCAAGGCGUGGUCGACCCUGACGGCGUCUUCACUGACGUCUGCAUCGGCUGGCCCGGCUCCAUGCCCGACGACCAGGUGCUCAAGAAGUCGGCGCUCUACCAGCGUGCGCACGGUGGUCAAUUGAGCCACCAAUGGGUCGUCGGCGGAGCCAGCUUCCCUCUCCUCGACUGGGUGCUCGUCCCAUACGCCCAACAGAACCUCACUUGGGCGCAGCACGCCUUCAAUGAGAAGAUUGGGGACGUGCACAGGGUGGCGAAGCAGGCCUUCGCCAGGCUAAAGGGCCGGUGGGGAUGCCUGCAGAAGAGAACGGAAGUGAAGCUGACGGACUUGCCGGUGUUCCUCGGCGCUUGCUGCGUGCUCCACAACAUAUGCGAGAUGAGGAAGGAGAAGAUGGACGCGGAUCUGGAGUUCGAGCUGGUGGACGACGAAAUGGCGCCGGAGAACGGCCUCCGAUCAGUGAGCGCCAUGCAGGCUAGAGAUAGCAUCGCCCAUAAUCUGUUGCACCACGGACUCGCCGGAACGGCCUUCUUGUAAGCUCCACCGCGCAGAGACACCAGCAAUCUGUUGUUCUUUGUUCUGAAAAACAGAGAUAGGGAUAUACGAAUUCGUGUGGACAGAAUGGAUGGCGAAGAGUAAUUGCUUAGUUCGCUGUGGAUAGAAACAAUUAAAGCAAUGACAGAUCAGAAGAUCAAUCAUUCUCAUAAA